GAACACCUUGCGCGCGCCCAUUGCAUAAGCGUUGACCAAGAUCGUUGCUUGGAGCUUUGAAGGCAUAUUAUAUGGGCAAUGAUUAACUAAAAUCCUAGAAGCUUCUAGCCACCUAUUAGAGACUUCGCAGCUUCCUCGUCGGAGUUUCGAUUUAAACUUCUUCUCAGGUAAAAGCUCCAAAAGAGAUUAAAGAUGAGUAUAAGUAGAGGAGCCAAGGAUUUGAGACUUCCACUGAUGAAUCUCGUUAGACUUAAAGGAACACCGAUUUUGGAACAACUUCAUCUAGAAGAGAGGCUUCUUAGAGCAUCAACUCAUAACUGGUGUAUUCUUAAUGAUGGAACCAAUCUCCCUACCAUUGUCAUGGGCAUGUCUGGGAAGCCUUCUCAACUUCUUGAGCUUGGACCUGUUAUAAAAGAUCGAAUCCCGGUGAUAAAAAGAUUCACUGGAGGUGGGACGGUGAUAGUGGACAAGAGUACCCUCUUUGUGAGUUUGAUUUGCAACAAAGAUGAUGUUCCAAGUGUCCAGCCUUAUCCUCGUUCUGUCAUGGCAUGGAGUGGUUCCUUGUACGGUCAAGUGUUUGAAGGUGUUAAUGGUUUCCAACUACGUGAGAAUGAUUAUGUUUUCGGUGACCGUAAAUUUGGUGGGAAUGCUCAGUCAAUAAUUAGGAAUAGAUGGAUACACCAUACGUCAUUUCUAUGGGACUACAAUGUUAGAAACAUGGCUUACCUUAAGCUGCCUUCCAAAGUCCCACAGUACCGGUUGGAAAGAGAUCACACAGAUUUCGUUUGUAGAAUGAAGGAUUACAUUGAAAGGUCAGAUUUUGUGGAGAGGACAGUCAACGCUGUGGGAAACCAGUUUGCAAUGAAGGAAGUGAACGUUGAGGAUAUUGAUUCCUACGCAAAAGGAGAGCAUGUGAAGAGCACGAGGCUCCUUACAAUGGAGGAACUCCAAGAAGCAAUGUCAGGCACAGCUCAGAGUGCAUGAGCAGUUAUGGAAUGCAAAACUGCUGAAGUUUGCUGAGGUCCUUUGAUUCUUUGUCUCUUUGUAGACCAUUCUUAGAAUUCAAAUUCAUGGUCUUAAACUCAGAAUCCGUAAGGGAAUAUAUGUGCUGAGUUGUUUUAUUUUGUAAUCUGUUUUCAAAUUCUGGUUCAGAACUUCAAUUGAUAACAAUGGAGAAAGAGAAAUAAAGAUACUUGAUUUCUUA